AACCGGAAGUGGAUUGUAUAUAUUACCGAGGAUAAAUGGGAUAAAUGAAAAGAGAUGGGGUUUAUUGUCGUACUGUUCUGCUCCGACUGUACCGGGGAGAAGUGUCUGUGUUACAAGAAAGAGAGAAGAAACUAUUUUUGAUGUCUUUCCUACUCUAAAGAAUGAUUCGUUGACUCGGCAGAAGAUGAACUCAUCAACAUGGCGUAGACUUUUAUUCUUGUAAAUCGACUUGAUGAGUAUUGGCAAGGUCACGCCAGAUUUAUUCAUCUCGUAAACUAGAAAAUUAAAAUACAAAAAAUAAUCAGCUGGAUUCCACCAAUUAAUUGAUAAUCAACAUGGAAACUAAUGAUGAUAACACAUUCCAUCAGUGUGUUGUAUGUGAUGAGAUUUUUCAACAACUAGAUGAUUUAAAACAACACAAUAAAAUACAUGUUAAAGAAGAGAAAACUGAUGAUGUAGAUGAAUAUUGUCAUGUUCAUUUUAAAGACGAUAAAACUGAUGUUGUACAUGUAGAUGAAUAUUGUCAUGUUAAAAAAGAGAAAACUGAAGAUAUUGAAGCAGUUCAUCAGUGUAAUUUAUGUGAUGAAGAAUUUAAAUCGGAUACUGAUUUAGAGAAACAUUGUAAAAUACAUGUUGAAGAAGAGUUGAAAGCUAAUAAUGAUAGUGAUGUAGGCCUACAAUCAGCUGACUGUCAGGGUAUUGAUGUAGGCCUACAAUCAGCUGACAGUCAUGGUAUUGAUGUAGGCCUACAAUCAGUUGACAGUCAUGGUAUUGAUGUAGGCCUACAAUCAGUUGACAGUCUUGGUAUUGAUGUAGGCCUACAAUCAGCUGACAGUCAUGCUGUAGCAAACGGCCAUCAAUGUGAUGGUUGUAGUAAAUCAUUUACUCACAAGCGUAAUCUACAGAGACACGUGAAAACUCAUAUAUUAGAAAAAACUCAUAGAUGUAAUGUUUGUUAUAAAUCGUUUACGGAAAAUUGUGGUCUACGGAGACACAUGAGAAGUCAUACAGGUGAAAAACCAUAUUCAUGUGAUGUUUGUAGUAAAUCAUUCACUGAAAAUCGUUACCUUCAGAAACACAGGAGGACACAUACAGGUGAAAAACCAUAUUCAUGUGAUAUUUGUAGUAAAUCGUUUAAUGAAAAUCGUUACCUUCAGAAUCACAUGAGAAGUCAUACAGGUGAAAAGCCAUAUCACUGUGAUGUUUGUAGUAAAUCAUUUACCGACAAGUGUAAUCUACAGAGACACCUGAGAAUUCAUACCGGUGAAAAACCUUAUAACUGUGAUGUUUGUAGUAAAUCAUUUAAUCAUAGCGGUAGUCUACGGCAACACAUGCGGAUUCAUACAGGUGAAAAACCCUAUAAAUGUAAUGUUUGUAGUAAAUCAUUUAGUGAUAAGCGUAAUCUACAGAGACACAUGCAAACUCAUGUACAGCGCUCACCGCGUCGAUCUUCAUUUCUGCCAAUUGCGAUGAAAAUAUAAGUUUUGCGAUAAAAUAUUCAAUCUGGCGAAAUUUUUGUCGAUAACUUUUUGGCGAUUUUUUUUUUAACCAUGGCGAUAAAUUUUUUUUGUCACAAAGCUUUGAUUUCCAUGCGGUGCAUACAGGUUACAGUCUAUUGUGCUUGGCUGAGUCAGUUAUCAAUCAAUUUGGUAUCAAUAAUAGGGCUAUCUUUUUGUCUUUUAAUCAAUCUCGGAUUAGUGUUUAUAAAUAUUUAAAAGAGUAGCAAUAAACUAAUUAAGAGACAGAAGUUUGAAAUAUUUUUCUUCAAAUAUGAAUUAGUGGCUUUUUUUAUGGUUUCUAUAUAUAUUCAAAAUGGCGGACACUGUGAGCAAUACUCGUUCAAUUUGUUUGGAAUUAUUCAAUUAUGAUGUUUCUUACUCCUGUUGCCCGUGUCGUUAAUAAAUGAAGCCAGGUUUGUUGUUACAGUUUAUAAAUGCUUAUAUUCUUUGGGUUGUCAAAAGUCAGUUAUCAUCAAAUUACAUGCCAUGGGUCGUGAACGAAAAAUUGAUCAGCCCUUGUCCAUCUGAUAAUGUUGACACGAUAUCAACUUCUACAAUAGGUCUGCAUUUAGGCUACCUCAAAAGUUCGCGACAGAGAAAAGUUUUGAAAAACGUAAAAAAAAUCUUAAAGGGGCAUUAUGGGAGAUUAGAUAAAGAGCUGGCAGUUCUCACUAUAAUAGUUAAAAAAUAGAUAUGGUAAAUAGAAUAUGCUGAAAAUUGCCCUCAAAUACAGAUAUUCAUUCAUUAAAAACAAAUACACUGUGUAAUUUAAUGUUACCAAGUAAUGGAAAAGUGGUUACCCCAGAUGUUGAAAAAGCUUUUAAAAAAAUGGGCCUCUGCAAAGCAGAGAAGAAUUUUGUAAAUUGUAAUAUCAUAU